UUUUGAUUGUAAAUGUCAUGCAAACCUAGACUGAAAAAUAAACUGGUGAUACAAGCUUAAACCUAUGCUCAUUCUGAAGCGUAUCCAUCUAAUCAAGAAACUACUGGAAGCUGUCUGUUGUUUUGAAGGAAGACUGAUGUUUUUCUGCAUAUAAAUUGUAGGCAAUACGUUAUGGGUGAAUGUCCAACUCCAAGCAUCCAUGUUGGAAAUACAGAAACAAACUCUACCGUCUUGGGCAACGUAACUUUACUUGCUGGAUCUAAUGCCGCACUUCAAAGCACUACUAACGAAAGUGUGGAAAAAUUAAAAUUCAUCGCUUAUGGCAUCGUGAGCUCCGUCAUCAUAGCCCUUGGAAUAUUGGGUAAUUCUAUCAAUUUAGCCGUUCUCACUAGGCCUAAUCUCAAAGGAGUUACAUUCGUCUAUCUUACAUGGCUUGCCAUCUCCGAUCUCAUGUCUCUUGUGGUGAGUUUGAGUUCUAUGUUCAGACUUCAUGGCAUGCAACCCAGGACAUACACUGCAGCUGUGUACUAUUCUCAUAUCGAAAUGCCCCUUGUGAAUGCCUUUAUGGCAAGCAGCGUAUUCCUAGUUGUAGCAUUAACUAUUGACAGAUACUUCUCUGUGUGCUUGCCAACACGAUUUAAAGAAAUGCAUAACUCUCAACGUGCGAAGCGCUCGAUACUAGCGGCUUAUAUCUCUGCUUUCGUUUUGUACAUACCAAUAUGUUUUCAAAAGAAACCGGUGGCAGUGCCAGUGCCAUUCACCGACAAAAUUGAAUAUAUAGCCUGCGAAUACACGCCAGUGGCGUCACAUACUGCUUUUAAAGCGUAUCUCAUGGUUAAGGAAGUGAUUGUGAGACUUGGCCCUGUUGUGCUGUUAGCAGUUAUGAAUACAACCAUCAUAAUAACUUUCCGAAAAACGUUGAGUAAAAGGAGAGAGAUGCUUAGUAUGCCAAAUGCCAAUUCAGCCACUCAUCAGCAGAGAGAUGGAAACAAGAAAUACAGAGAAGAGCAAAGACUUAUCAUAUUAUUAGCUGGUAUUGUGAUACUCUUCUUCAUCAGCAUGACGCCAGCUGCCAUUUUAACUAUACUGAAUAGUGACGAUAAAGAAUUCAAUUUUGGCUUUCAGUUAUUCAGAGCCAUUGCUAAUGUUUUAGAGCUGUCGAACUACGCGAUGAAUUUUUAUGUUUAUUGCAUGUGCAGUUCCGAAAUUCGAAGGACUUUCGUGGCAUUAGCAACUUGCACGAAACUUACACUUUACGCAAGUUCUGCAAGUAGUAAACCAUCAGUGGACAGUAGCAAUAAAUACUAAAGAAGAACAUUCUUAUGGAUAAUUCAGUAGUUUUACCUAUGCUUAGUUCACGGAUUACUGUUUCAUAUGGUUUUUAAAUUAUAAAUAUGAUGUAUCAGAUGCUUAUUAUAUGUAUAUUGUGGCAUCAAAAUGUCUAAUGGCAGAUGAUUUUUAACUUUAUUGAUAUAAGAGAUUAUACUGAUUGAAUUACUGAGAAUUAAAGAUACAGGGUUUGGUGAAAUAAUAGUGAAGCUAAUUCAAUAAAAACAGUUACCAGUAUUUGGUUUCGUAUAUGAAAAUGUAACAAUUACUUUACUUCGGGCAUGAAACAUAUCUUGAUUUGGGAUAUCAGGAAUAUCUUAUACGUUUGUGUACAUAAUGUAGUAGGUAUUCAUAAAAAAUAGUUUCAGUAUUAAAAUUGUAGUUAUUUUUAUUCUGUAUGUUAUACAGCGUAUGCAUCUUAGUUGAAAUUUUUAAAUGACAGUUAAUUUGAUUUCUCGGAUUUUUGACACACAUGAUAUUAAAAAAAAGAACUUUAUAAUAUCAUGUGUGUCAAAAACUACUGUUAAGGAUGGGUUAGUGGAGUUUACACGAAAUACAGACAUGUUUAUAAGAAUCCACUGAGGGUUUCCUGAAUUUUGUAUUAAUGUAUUGAGAAAAUAAAUUGCUUUACGCAAAAUAUUUUAAGUAAGAAUUUUGAUCUCAUUUGCAUUUAAAAUUACUGAGUUAUUUAUAAAUUAAUUUUCAAGAAUUUUAUUUUGAAAAACAUAAUCUUAGAUUGCAAUAAAUAGUCAUUAAUAUUUAGAAAUGAAGAGUUAUUUCAUUUAUAUUUUUUUUAGACUUUUCUGGUGGUGAAAUUUAUCACACUCUAUCAUACUUACAUUUCAUGAAGAAUGAUAUUUAAUAACGCCAUUUAGCUUUAUUAUCAUAUAAAAGAACUCGCGUGUUAAAAAUGUAACAAAUGCACUUUAGUAUAAUAAACAGUUAGUAUUGACUGACAUAUUAAUUGAAACAUGUACAGUUUCUGUUUACUUAAAUAAGCUGACAGACGUAUUUUAAAAGUAAUUAAUUGAAUUCGAUACUUAAAAUACCUGUUUACAUAUUUCUCCCUGAUAAAUUGCGAAGAAAAUUACGAAUUCCUGUAAAGUAAUCAAAUUACAUAUUUUAGCCAAAGGCACUGAGUAAAUUACAUGAAAAUAUAGUCCAUGCACAUCAAAUUUCCGAACAAAUACUUGUUACACAUAUUUGUAAUCAUCAUUAAAGUCUCACUGAGGCACUUUGUUUUGUAAAUUGAAAUUUUUUCGAACUUCGGAAACGCUUUACAGCAUAAAAAGUUGAAAAAUAUAGUAUUUGGUUAUUUAUGUUAUUCUUUUAUUUGUAUUAUAAAAUUAUUUUAUCUGUGAUUAUUAUUUAAACUGUUUCUACUAUUAUUAUUUAAAAAUAAUUCUUUUGUUAGAUGUACUCUGUGAUAUUAAUUAAGCAUCUAAUGAACAAACUAAUUUUUAUUGACUUGUAAUCGGUUUGAGGUAUCCUUAAGAAUUAUUUCUUAGAAUUUUUAAACUACGUACUUUAAUAUUCAAUUAAACCAAAUAAAUUUAAAUUUAGAAUUAUUGUGCUUUUAUCGGUUGAGAAUUCUACUAGAGAGCAUUUUAAAUCAUUUGUGAAGAUUGUGAAGUUUUUAAAAUUUUACGAAAUAUUUGUAUGUGUUUUUUGAAUAAAAUGUUUUUA